UAUUAUCCGAGAGCGCUCGAGCUACCUAGUCAGAUUUUUCUCUUUCUUGGAAGCGUAGCGUGUCUUCCUUUAGUUCCUCCUGGAUAAGCAAAGAUAAGCGAUGCCUUUAGCGCACUUAAAAGAAAGAUGCCCCUGGUAGUUAACUGCAGUUAUGUUAAGCAUUGGUUAUUAGGGUCUCCUUCCCCUCACGCUCGAUCGAUCCUUCUCUCUUCGCGAUCUGCGAUCUGGGAGGAAUUCUGGAGCUCUGGGAUGGGCGAGGCGGCGGCGGGCGGCGGCGGCGGCUUCUCGGUGGAGCUCACGGGCCCCAGAAUCUACAGCUGCUCCAAUUGCCGGAGCCACAUCGCCGAUCACGACGACAUCAUCUCCAAGGCAUUCCAGGGAAGAAACGGUAGAGCUUAUCUCUUCUCCCACGUCGUCAACACAAGCGUCGGCCAGAAAGAGGACAGGCAUCUCAUGACUGGGCUUCACACAGUGGCCGAUAUUUUCUGCCAACAGUGCCAGGAAAUCCUUGGCUGGAAGUACGAGCGCGCCUACGAGGAAUCCCAGAAAUACAAGGAGGGCAAAUUCAUCCUCGAGAAGGCCAAGGUCAUGAAGGAAGAUUGGUGAGAGAUCAACGCAAUCGCAGCGUUCGAUCCACUCCAGCCCACUCCAUUUGUGUAUACGCCCACUGCUGCCGCGUGGAUUUCCACUCUUCUGUACAAACACACACACACAUGAUUGAAUUUGCUCGGGCACUCGAUGCCCACUGUGAUUGCUCC